AUGUGGCUGCUGUUGCGGCUGGUUGCCUAUACAGGUGGGGCUCUCUUGCUGUCGCUGCUGGCGGUGUUGUUGUACGUGACAUUCUUCCCAAAGCGUGUGCACGAGCUGAAGGGGCUGUGCUGCGCAGUCACCGGCGCCUCUGAUGGUCUGGGAGUGUUCAUCGCGCAUACGCUUGCGGCCGAGGGCAUGGAGAAGCUGGUCUUGGGCGCCCGGCGCGUGGAGAGGCUGGAAGAGGUCAAAGCCGACCUUGUGAACCGCUUCCCGAAGGUGAAGGUCCUGACGCUGAAGUUGGACGUGACGGACGGUGAGAGCCGAAACGACUUCCUACGCCAGGCUACCACCUUCGGCCCUUGCCAAGUCCUCAUCAACAAUGCGGGGGUCAUGACUCCCUGUUUCUUUGAAUCUUUCCCAACAGAAGCACUGGACGCGAUGCUGCAAACAAACCUGUGUGGCACCCUGCAUCUCACGAAGCGCUUUUUGCCAGAACUCUUCAAGCAAAAGCAAGCCCAUGUGGUGAACAUAUCGUCAAUCACCUCGAAGCUUUCUGUCCCCUACAGCAGCAUCUACGCCGCUACGAAGGCGGCGCUGAGCAGUUUUACGCUGUCUCUUCGCUUAGAGAUGCUUGUGGAGCAGAGCCCUGUGACAGUUCAUUGCAUAAGCCCCGGUCUUGUGAAAGACACAGGGCUGGCAGAUCGGGCUUGCCAGAACACUGGAACCACCAUUGAGGAGAGUGGUAAAAAUCUAGGCUACACGACGCCGGAAGAAGUGGCACGAGCUGUUGUGCGGGCUAUUCAGUACGAUGAGGCCGAGGUUGUGGUGAACUCGAAUCGGCUGCGGCUUCUGUUUGCCCUCACCGCCUUCUUCCCGAGCUUCUGGGAGAUC